AUGCUCGAAGCAUUCGAAAUAUUCUCGACCUCAGGCGUCGUCCUAUGGUCUCGAGGAGGGACCAGCAGCGCGGCUGUGAAUUCGCUAAUCAACGAUGUCUUCAUCGAGGAGAAGACAAGAGCAAGCAACUCCUACCAAUUCGAGAAAUACACGCUGCGAUGGACUCUGGUGAAAGACCUCGGCCUGAUCUUUGUUGCCGUCUACCAAUCGUUACUCCAUCUUUCGUGGGUUGACCAAUUUCUGGAGGAUGUCAAGGCCGUCUUCGUGCGCCGCUACAAGGAUCAGAUCAAGUCACGAACCACGACCACCAAGUACGAUUUUGACCACUACUACGAUGAGCUUCUCCGUCGCCAGGAUCAGCUUACAGGCGGCGAGGCCACACGUAAUCCUCCUCAAGCCACUGUCCAGGCUAAGAAAGAGAGUCCAGAAGCAAGAGACGACGGAGGGCCACCCCCACCACAACCCCCUCACUUACUGCGGAUGCAGUCGCAGACUGCUUCCACAAAUGGUGACUCUCUAGAACCUACGCCGUUACAGUCUCCCGAUGUCUCAAGACCUACUACGCCUCUGCCUGGCGUUGCUCCUCACCUACUAUCUGAUGCCCGUCCCGGGAGCAGAGGCUCACGCCGUGCUCGGAAAGCUGCUGGUAAUGUGACAAGUGGUGUCUCGAGUUACGCUUCCUCUGGCGAUGAGUCGCGUCGACCGAAAACGCCGAAGGGAAGUGCAAAGAAAGGAAGAGUUUGGGAUGUGGAUGGCCUUGCGGGCGAAGAUGACGGAACUGUACUUGACUACUCAGCUACAAAAGACGGAGCUGCCUCGGUCGACACUUCGGAUGCUGGACAGGAUUCCAUCGCCCAGGAAUCUUGGGGAACUAAGAACAAGCAGGGCCAGUUUGUGCUCAAAGACCUUGACGACGAGCUUGACAGCAUUUUGAAGGAUUCGGGCUCGAAACAGCAGAAAAGUGAGACACAAGCUGCUACUGGUGCUUUUGGCAUGAUUUCUGGCUAUUUUAGGAACGUUAUUGGCGGAAAGACGUUGACCGAAGAAGAUUUGGACAAACCGCUGAAGGCUAUGGAAGAACAUCUGAUCAAGAAGAAUGUAGCACGAGAAGCUGCAAUCCGACUUUGUGAAGGAGUGAAAGUCGAGAUGUUGGGCAAGAAGACUACUGCAUUUGAGAGCACAGAUAAAGCACUCCAGCCGGCUCUAGAGAACUCGCUUAGGAAACUUCUGACACCCAAGACGUCUCUUGAUCUACUACAAGAGAUCGAAUCUGUCGUCAAUCCAUCCAAAGCUGGUCGAGAAGGACGCCCUUACGUGAUUAGUGUUGUUGGCGUGAAUGGUGUUGGAAAAUCCACCAAUUUGUCAAAGAUCUGCUAUUUCUUGCUACAGAAUAAUUACCGGGUUCUGGUCGUCGCGGGUGAUACCUUCAGGUCCGGUGCGGUCGAACAGCUUGGUGUCCACGUUCGCAAUCUAAAAGAGUUGAGUGCACGAGAAAACGUUGGGCGUGUCGACCUAUACGAGAAAGGAUAUGGUAAGGACGCUGCCAAUGUCGCACGAGAUGCCGUCGCAUUCGCUACCGCCAACGAGUUCAACGUCGUCCUCAUCGAUACUGCUGGUCGAGCUCACAACAACGCCCAACUCAUGUCCGCACUUGAGAAAUUCGGAGACUUUGCCAAGCCAGACAAGAUCCUUCAAGUCGCUGAAGCACUUGUCGGAAACGACUCGGUCAAUCAGGCGCGCAAUUUCAACAAAGCAUUUGGAAGGAAUAGGUCGCUGGACGGCUUUAUUAUCAGCAAAUGCGAUACUGUGGGUGAUCAGAUUGGUACGAUUGUGAGCAUGGUUGCCUCGACGGGCAUUCCGGUCGUUUUCCUGGGCGUUGGCCAGCAUUAUGGCGAUCUUAGACAGCUCUCCAUACCGUGGGCUGUGAAGUUACUGAUGAACUAG